UCUCACACUGGUGGUAGAAGUCGAACAGGAAGAACUAGUCGACGGAAAAGUUGGCGUGUGAAAGAUGUUUUAAUCAUUGUCCUUGAGCUCUAAAUCAAACUGGUGUUCUAAAGGGGUACAAAGAUAUCCACCAGAUACAAUUAUUAUUACAUUUGUAUGUGUGCUACACAUUCAUUCAUUUGCCUUCUGGAGACUACAGCAGACAAAUCGACAGGGUUUUCCUGGCGUUCUCUGCACUUGAAAUUGUACUUCCGCAUAGGCUACAAUGUUUUUUUCGAACAACACUCAACUUUCGAACAGGAAACCUUAUUAGAGGCUUACCCGACCGUUUGUUCUUCUUAGCAGGAGCUUGAUUGAGAGGUACUGGCUACGCCAAACACAACAUGGAUUUUGAAGACUCCCGCGAUGGGCAGGGGCAUUGUGGUGCCCACAGCGCCAAUCCAGCCAUGAGUAUCAUCGGAGCAGAAGACGAGGACUUCGAGAAUGACUUGGACCCUAUGGUGGAUGACAACUGUACCACCUUUAACAGCAUUGAGCUGUUGAAGAACAGGCCCACCCACCUGCUGGUGUUCCUUCAGCACGUCAUGCUGCAGUUCGACUGCGCCCCAGUGCUGUGCUACCUUCACGCUGACGUCUUCAGGAGUCUCAGUGCCAAAGAAACGAAGAAGCACUUUGUGGAGUUCUACAAUAACUUCCUGGACAAAGGAGCAAUCCUCCGAGUCAAUGUGCCCCCUCAUGUCUGCUAUGAGCUGGAUCGCAGCAGACCAGAACUCAUCCCCGAGGACCAGCAGAAGAAGUUUGCGCAGGAAGUCCAAAAUGUGCAGACCCAGGAGGUCCUCCGGCAGCUGGACGACUUCAGGCAGAAAAGGAUGAUGGGAAUGACGCCUAACGAGCAGGAGUUGCUGGAGGUGGAGAACCACCACUCGACUGACCGCAUCCCCACCGAGAUGAAGGAGAAGGCUGUGGCCGAGAACCUGCUGGACAAGAUGGCCGAUAUGCACCCCACGAUUGUGGCAGACGAAGACAAAUGCUCUGCCAUCUUUGCGUCUGUGCUGUACUACAUGAAGCACCUGGGGGUUAAGACCAGGGCCACAGACAGCAAGAAGUCUCGCGGAUUCUUCCGGAAGAGGGCGAAGAAAGAGGAGCCAAAGCUGGCCAAGCCAAGGGGCGGAUUACCCAGCAUUCUCCGGGAGGCCGGGAGCUGGAUAGGCGGGGGCAGUGAUCUCAAACCACCUAAAUUGGACAACGAAGGUGAUAAGGAUAAGGGGUCACAUGAGCGUAAAGGGUCCAGCGGGAACACGCCCUCCCGUGGGGCGGCUCCAGAUGCGAGCUCGGCUCCGUUCCAUAGCCGCAAGUCGGGCUCCACAGGCUCCAGCAGCCAGGCGGGGUCGGAAGUCAGCGAGGCGUCCAACAUCAUCAACAUCAGCAUCACCUCCAGCCCUGACAGUGAAAUCGGGCUGACCAGCAGUCGCUCCGACUCCCAGUCUGUGUCUGAAGGGGGCGAGGUGUCUCCUGCCAGCCAGCCAGGGGCCUGUCUCUUUGACAGCGCUGGCCCCACUGGCGAGACCACUGCGGAAGAGUCCCAGGACAAAGACAGAUACAAAACCAACAGGAGCGUGAAGCGCAGUCAGAGCACGUGUGUGGAGCGCCGCCCGUCGCGCCGCAGGACCUCGGCCCGCCAAAAGCAGUCGCGCUCCCGCAGCGACGUGGACCUGCAGACGGCCGCCACCACGCCUACCACCUCCCACCCCCCCUCACCCUCCCCCAUGCUCCGGCUCCCUGUCGACGGAGGCCUGGCCCCACCCGAGGUGGCUCCCGCUGGCCCAGCCUCUCCCUCUCCUCAGCAUGAGGAGCUGGACCCCCGCAUGGCAGAUCUGGAGCAGGAUCCACCAAACUGGAGGGAGCAGGCCGCAGCUGACGCCCUGAAAGAGCUGAGCAAGAAGGAGAUGAAGAGGCAGGAGGUCAUCAACGAGCUGUUUGUGACAGAGCAUGCUCACGUGCGCAAGCUAACUGUCCUGCAGAUGGUGUUUGCGCGGCCCAUGGAACGGGAGGGCCUCAUGACCCCCGAGGAGGUGGCGGCCAUCUUCCCCGGCCUGGACGACAUCAUCGAGUUGCACAAUGCUUUCUAUGAGAAUUUGAAGAUACUUCGCCAAGAGGACGGCUACAUUGUCAAAACCAUCGGCCCCACACUCCUGAACAGAUUCAGUGGUGCGGAGGGUGAGUGGUUCCAGAAGCUCACAUCGCGGUUCUGCAGCCACCAGACCUGGGCUCUGGAGCAAAUCAAGACCAGACAGAAGAAAGACAUUCGCUUCAACACCUUCAUCCAGGAGGCGGAGAGCAGGCCUCAGUGCAGGCGGCUGCAGCUGAAGGACAUCAUCCCCAUCGAGAUGCAGCGUCUGACCAAGUACCCGCUGCUGCUGGAGAACGUGGCCAAGAGCACAGUGGACAACGACGAGCGGCAGAAGGUCGAGCAGGUGGCCGAGUGCUGCCGCAAGAUCCUCAACCACGUCAACGAGGAGGUCAAGAGCAUGGAGAACCUGCUGACAUUGAAAGACUACCAGCGCAGGCUUGACACCUCUGGACUCAAGCCCAGCAAUGAGCUCUAUACUGAGUACAAGAGUAUUGACCUGACGGCCAGGCAGAUGCUGUUCGAGGGCCCCCUGAUCUGGAGGGUGACCAAGGAGAAGGCUUUAGAGGUGCAGUGUGUGUUGCUUGGAGACCUGCUGGUGCUGCUGCAGAGGCAGGACGAUAAGAUGGUGCUCAAGUGUCAGAGCAAGAGCAACGUGGUGCAGGAGGGCAAGCAGAUGCUCAGCCCCAUUAUCAAGCUGGAAUCCGCCUUCCUCAGGGAGGUGGCCACAGAUCGCAAGGCGUUCUACGUGAUCUUCACCUGGGAGAGCGGCGCACAGAUCUACGAGCUGGUGGCCCAGUCCAGCCAGGAGAGGAAGAAUUGGACAGAGAUGAUCAAGUCGGCGGUGGACAACUUCAAGACCAGCGGAGGGCCAACCCUGGAGAGGGGGCGAUUUCCUAGUCUGGUCCCAGGCAGCGGCGCCGGACCCUGCAGCCCCACAACUUUGCAUCCCCCUCUCAGCCCUGCAGAGAAUGGAGACUCUCUGAAGAACAGUGACCGAGUCAAGGACCUGCUCAGUGAUGAGAAGGGGCGAGACGUGCAUGCCUCGCUCAUGGACUUUCUGGCAGCCAAUGGCAUUGACCCAAUAGGUCACAGCAACAGCCCUCAAGAGAAGUUGGCCAGUGACAUGCUAGAUGAACUCAUGUCCCUAAAGAGGCUAUUGGUGGGCAGCAUCAGCCUAUCAGAAGACUCCCAAGUGGACGGUGAGAACGGAGGGGCGGGCCCUGAGGUACAGGAUGAGGUUGAUGGAUGCCAGGCACCAGCUUCAGAGGAGGCCACCUCUGAUGGACAGAGGGCAGAAGGAGGGGCAGAGGAAGGAGAGAUGAAGAGAGAGGAGGAGGGUGGCAUCAGCACUCCCAUGGUGCUGUCGCAGGAGCGCAUGGAGGAGGUGCAGCAGAGGCUGGAGAGCAUGGAGGAGAAGCUGAGGAAACUGCAGGGUGUUGAAGAAGAGCAUCACAAGUUGCAGGAGCUGCUUGCAAAGUUUUCCCUUCAGAGAGGGAACUACCAGUGAGAUGCCCCCUUCUGGACACAAGGACCACAUCAUGUGCUGGAUUUGAGUGCAAGAGUUAUGGUUUUUGGGGGAAGGAUCGAUUAAUGCUGCCUGAAGUUUGCUGUUCCCCCGCUUUCUCUGCAAUCGACUGCUUUUCCUCACGCCUCUGAGGAUGGACAAGGAUCGGCAGGGCUAAAGUACUGUACUGCAGGGUAGCGAUGUAGGAAUGAGGUGUGUGUGUGUGUGUGUGUGUGUGUGUGUGCGCAUACGUAAGAGUAAAAUGAAGAGAUGUGUGAACAGGUGCCAAAGAGUGUUUUAAAAGGUUAAUCGAGACAGAGAAACUGCCUUCACGGAUCAGGAGCCCCACCCCUUCCCCUCAGUGAUCCACACGAGCAUGCUCAAAUAACUGCAACAUUCUUCUACCCCUUAACCGCCCUCCCCGGCUAAAAAGACACAGAAUGCAAAAUGCAACUCUGCCUCAGCUGCAAAUGGCACAGCCUGAUUGGCAUAUCCAUCCAAAUGCAACCUAUUUAUGCAUGUAAAAGAGAGAUGGUUAUUGAAGCGUCUCAAAGGCUGCUGUUUGCCAAGACGGUGGGAAUACGCCACACACUUGGCUUAUUUACAUUUGCUGUAGCGUCGGGAGAGGCCCCAAUCAAGUUCAAAAUAACACACACACACAUUAUUUAUUUCAAUUAGUAUUUUUCAUUUCUGUAAAAUAUGUUAUUAUUUUUUCUCCAUCCCAUUUUAAAUGAGCUUGUGUGUGUGAGAAUGUGUAUUCUCUGUUUAUAAAAGGCAUACUUAAUUAGGUAGGUGUAGUUUUUGGUUUAUCCCAUUUAAAGUAUUUUUUUUUAUAUAAUUCUCAUUUUGUAUCCACGUCUUUAUUGCAACCAUGGCCAAAAUUUAGGUACAUUAGUGCACAUUUGCGUUUCCUAGGGGUUGAGUUGGGACUGUUCUUAUUCCUGCAAAGUUGCUGUGUUUGUGACGUUUUUGGUGUGACCGUGUGACUGACUCGGGAUCAGUUAAGCAUGACUUUUUGAAACGGAAUUCAGGUUAAGUCUUUUGUCUAACCUGUAGAUAGAUGUUGGAAUGAAUUGGGAAGUUGAUGGUAGACAGGAGCCAAUGGAGAUCAGAGAUGGAGGGGUCAGGAAUAGGGGGUGUGUUGGAUGGGGAAAAGACAAGCGGCAGAAGGAACAGAAUCAGAUGAGUUAACAACAGAGAAGGUUUCAGAGAUGAAGAGAUCUGUAGAGCAUGAAAAAGGAAUCUAAAUACUUGUGCUGUGAUGUGAAGAACAGGCAUGACAAAGCAAGUAUAGUGAUACGACGCACACACACACACACACACACACACACACACACACACACACGUCGUCAUGUGCAUGUCGUCAUGUCCUUAGGCAGUCAUACAGGUCACACCAUCUGGUGUGCACAAUACUGUAGAAGGCACACCUUGACCCUGUUUAAGUGUUUGGUUGUGAGUGAGCAAAUUAGUGAACAUGAGAGAGAGUGUGUGUGUGCGACUUCACCAGCCUUUUUUAGAUACUUGGGAGUGGUUGUACUAUAGUGAAGGGGGGCAUCUCAUAUACUUUUUUCCUGGAAUUGAUUGUAAUUAUUCUAUUUUAAAGAUUUUUUUAUUCCUUUAAGGAGGUGUACUGUUAGAUUUCAGACUUAUAAUCAGGACCAAAGAGGAAGAUCUGUCUUUAGCUGUAGGCCUGUCUGAAUGUGUCUCAUACAUACACACACACACACACACACAUAUGCACACACGUACGCAUGCGCACGCAAGCACGCACACGUGUCAGGGAUACACAAAACUGUGGGUGAUUCACCCACAUCCUCUGGUAGCACUCGGGACUCAGAGAGCACCCUCACACCCCUCCCUCUGUACCCCCUGCCCUUCCCCCUCUGGCCACCAGAGAAGAGGCUCAACGCUCCUCUCACAAUCUCGCAGGACAGCGGGCAGUGAUAUGAAGACAGGGAGUGCUCAUUGUACUCAUGAAUUGGCUGACACUGUCACCACAGAUCAGCACUUGAUUGUAACACAAGUGGAAAAUUACAAAAUGGAUCAUUACUUUACUGUACUCUGACUGGUCCUCAUAGUUGAGCUUACCAAUGCUGAUUACUAUGCUGGUGAGUGUGCUCCUGAAGCUUGUGUUUGUCUUCUGUCAAUUCUGUAAUUGUAAAUCUGUAAUUCUCUGGGGAGAUUCACCGAAGCCACCAAACUUUAACUGUACCAUAACUCUUUGAGUUUCACUGGCUAGAGGGGUGGAACAAGUCGUGAAGGCACCAACUCCACCAGUCCUGUAGUUGGAGAUAUCAGCUGCCUGAGACCCUCAGAUAGUGUUUUACUUCUGCGUAAUGGCAUGUGACGAUGCGGCAGUAGUUGUACAGUAAUUACCUAGUAUCCAUGGCAUGCAUAUAGAAAGUGUAGAUAAUUUUCUUCCACCGCUAAUCCUGUGUUACUCCCUCCCCACCACCACCUCCCCCACCCUCGCUCUCUCUCUCGCGCGCACUCGCCUUCCUUCCUCUCUUUUGUGUACUUUUGUGCGUAUUGUGUACUCAUCAAGCUUCUCUAGGCUGUGCCAGGGAGAAUGCAGUACUCAAGUUGUUGGGCCGUCUGUCCGUUGGUGUUUUGGUUUAGUUGGCCCACGUGACUGACUGGCCUGUUCCUCAGUGGCACUCCACCUUCCCCUCCUCUCCUGUCAUCUCCGAUGAGAACCCUUCACAGGGACUGUGCUCUCUACUCCCUUAGUCUCCCUCCAAGGAACUCGCGCAUCUUCUAGCAUUUAAAUCAUUGUGAUUUAGGUAGACAAAUUGAGAAGAUUUGUUUCCUUUUGUAUGGUAGUGUGCUUCAUGCUGAACAGUUAUGUAAUUAUGUACUAUGCAUUGCGCUAACAUGAGAGAGUGAGCGAGAGAGAGGGACAAUGUAGAAUCUAGGAUACCCCUUGUUUAAGGUUUUAUCCAUUCUCGCUGUUGGAUUCAUUGACAACAUGGAAUAUUAGUCGGUGGAACAAGGCCUACUCUGGCUUCUUCAGAUUUUUUUUGCCAAUAUUUAGUGCCAGUCUGGACUUUUUUUUGUUUUGUUUUGUUUUCCUGUUUUUUUGCUACACAUAAUUAACAACAGUCCACGCCUCACUGCUUCUUCUCUUCUUUAUUUACGUCUGUCUCUUUUGAGCCCCCAUUUGCACCCAAAUCUAGAGAAAACUGCAAAAAAAACCACCCGUAGCUGUGUAUAUAAAUGUAUUUAUAGAGAAAGGUGCCUUUUUAUGACAAUCAACCCUUUUUAUUCCCUUCUCCUAAAGGCUCUUUCCUUAGUAUAAUUGGUAGGGGCCCACACAAUGCUUCAGAUGUAAAGAUAUAUGACCAAUGAGCAUGCAAACGCUAGCCAUGUAGCCAUUAGCAUCAGAACCUAUUGCUGUCUGUAGCUCCACACCAUUUCCAGCUCAGGGGUGAUGAGCAUCGCCACCCCCCAUUUAACACAAUGUGUUAAAGUCAUGGGGUUGGUUAGUGUUUCAGGCAACCAUGCAGCACCUAUAUAUAAAUAUAUAUAUAUAUAUAUAUAUCUAUACGAAAUGAAUAUGCAAGAACUAUACUGUGUAUUUGGGCUUUGAUUUUAUUCUAUGAAAGGGUUUUUAAUGAUGUAUACUUCAGAAAAAUGAGGUACUUUUUUAAUUAUUGUUAUUGGUUUCUUUUUUUCUAAUAAAUGGAAAAAGGUCACCUGGA